GCCCAGAGGGGAGGGUCUUUUUGAAAUGGCCCUACUUAUGCUUUAAUCUGCAUCAUCUGGGAUUGUUUCUUCAUAUACAAUCAAUUUCAUUUGCUUUAUUAAAAACAGUUCAGGGGCCACAUUUUAAUUUUAGGUAUUGAACGAACGUAGCACACAAAAAUCUGCUGGCUACCCUUGUGCAUAUACAGUAUUCGGUUUGAGGAUUUCAGGUAAGUGAAUUUAAACUGCAGAUUGUCUGAAAUAAAGAGAAUAAAUAAAUGGUGUGUGAUCCAGAAAGACUUGAUUCCUGGCAGCAGUCUUUAGAAGAUAAUGUGAAAUGAAUGAGUGCAGAUACAGUGCUCCGGUGCUUAAAGCAGUGCCAGGGGACAGCAGGUUGUCUUGGUGCUGGAGCACUCUGCAAAGGAAGAGGAGAAAGGUGUUAUCAAGGGGCUUUUCUCAGCAUGCAGUCCCUUUAGAUUUGGAUGUGAUAACUAACCACAUCCUGUGCAUUGGACAUUUGGCUUGCAUCCCCGUUAUCUUCCUGCUUACUGCACCUGGGGACUGACUACAUAUGUUUAAAGAAAAGCAUCUUAGCAUACCCUGAUCCACUCGUCCUCUGCUACUCUGACCUUUGCCAGCACCUGAGCAUCCAGGUUCCAACACAAAGUGGCUGGAGGCAAAGCUUUUUCAGAGUUCUGAAGGAUACAAUCUUGCAUUGUCCUGGGCCUGAGCAGCAAAGGAUAAAUUUGAUCACUGAUUGACUUGUCAUCUCUUCAUUGUGAUGGAAAAAUGGUUGCCUAAAAUAAACCCUUUGUUAUGAUUCUAAAACUGCCUUUGAAUCCAAGAUCUGUUGUGAUUUUUAAAAAACAAAUCCAAAAAUGUCAGAACCCGACCCUUCAUCUGGAUUUAUAGGAAACAUGGAAAAUGGGACUUUUCUGGAGCUGUAUCCCACAUCCCUUUCAACUUCAGUGGAUUCAUCACCUGGCCGUUUAUCCAAUGUCUACGUCUAUGUUUCUAUAUUCCUUAGUCUCUUAGCUUUUCUCCUUUUGCUAUUGAUCAUUGCACUUCAGAGGCUGAAAAACAUAAUUUCUUCCAGUUCCUCCUACCCAGAAUAUAAUAGUGAUGCUGGAAGUUCUUUCACUAAUUUAGAGGUUUGUAGUAUUUCUUCCCAGCACUCUGCUCUCUCAAACCUUUCUUCAUGAAACUAAAUGAAAGGAAACACACAGGGAAUGGAAGAGCUUCGUCUAGUUUCUUGGGGAGGUAGUGCAUGCAACAUUUGCCUUAGAAGAUUAUUAUGAAGAGGUGGCUUUUAAAGUUUCUUUAGUUGUUUGGUUUUGGUUUUGUUUUUUUUUUUUUUUUUUCCUUUCAUUUUCUAGUCUUCAUUUCCCCUUUUACUAAUGUUCUUUUUCAUUUUGGACAAUGGAUAAUGACACCUGAUCAUCAUUUCAUGCCUGUAAUAGAGAUGCUGUCUUUUUCUCACACGUAUAUGGUGUUCAUUAAGAGCAUUCCUGCCAAACUGUAAUGCAGUUCUAACUGGAUAUGUCAUUCUUCUGCUCUAGUUGUGACCCCUUCUCUGGUUUUGUAUUAGUAAUAUGCUGACUACUUUUCUUUCUCCUUUUUCAAUUAGAAAGGCUUCUGGAUCAAAUCCCUGUUGCAAAAGUACAAAAAAAUCAGCUUAAAUUAUAAAUAUUAGGACAAUUUACGAUUGUUGGUAUGGUUUUGUUUUGUUUUGUUUUGUUUUAAUUUUCACAUCUUUUUCAGUGUUUAUUGAUAUUUAUAAAACACAACUAAAAUCCUUUUCUUGAAGAAUGUUGCCUUUGUUGAUUUGUACUCCCAACUUGUUCUGUAUAAAGUCUGUGUUUCAGUUUUUGAGUCUCUUUGUUUAACUUAGUAAAGCGACUACAAUAA